CAGCGCCGAGCUCGGGUCAGCGGCGGGCUGAGGCCGCUCUGCGGGGGAGCCGCGGGCGGGGCCGUGACGCACGCCGGGCUCCGUGCACCCGUGGCCGUGCCCCUUCCCGGCCGCGCCGGUCUCUGCUUUGCUCGGGGGCGGCGGCGCUUCCCGGCCGCACCCGCCCCGCUGGGCUAAGAGUCGCGCUUGAGCGCUGCGGCAGUGCGGAGCGGUCUCUAGGUGCUGGCGGGGCGUGUGCUCGCCGCAUAGGAUUUCCUCCGGGUACUUCUGAAGAACGGUUACAAGAAGAUCCAUAGCAAUGCAAGCAAAUAACCCAGCACCAGCACCUGGAUUCUCCAAUACUGGCUAUGCACCAGGAAACCAGGCCCCAUAUGGCCACCCGCAGUAUGCAGCUGGGAACUUCUACGGCACUCCUGCACCAGGGCCCUAUGCUUACCAGGCACAUCCCAUGGGAAACCCACCUGGAGCUGCUGUUCCACCCAUCCAGAACCAGCCUCCCGGGGCCAUCUGGAUGCCCAUCCCUCCUCCUAUUCCCAACUGCCCUCCUGGACUGGAAUAUCUCACACAGAUUGACCAGAUACUAAUUCAUCAGCAAAUUGAACUUCUUGAGAUUUUUAUUGGAUUGGAAUCGAACAACAAAUAUGAAAUCAAGAAUUCAUUGGGACAAAGGGUGUACUUUGCAGCAGAGGACACUGAUUGCUGCACAAGGAACUGCUGUGGGCCAGCACGACCUUUCACUAUAAAGAUUAUGGACAAUCUGGGUCAUGAGGUGAUAAGGCUGGAGAGACCCCUCAGGUGUUCGUCAUGUUUUUUCCCCUGCUGCUUACAGGAGAUAGAAAUUCAGGCACCUCCAGGAACACCGGUAGGUUAUGUUGUCCAGAAUUGGCAUCCCUGCUUGUCCAAGUUUACUGUUCAGGAUGAGAAAAGAAUGGAUGUACUGAAAAUUAGUGGCCCUUGUGUCGUCUGCAGCUGUUGUGAGGAUGUUAAUUUUGAGGUGAAGACUUUGGAUGAGGCUUCUAAUAUUGGGAGGAUUUCUAAGCAGUGGUCUGGGUUUUUGAAAGAAGCAUUUACAGAUACUGAUAACUUUGGAAUCUCAUUUCCAAUGGACCUUGAUGUAAAAAUGAAAGCUGUCAUGCUCGGCGCUUGCUUCCUUAUCGAUUUCAUGUUUUUUGAGAGUAUUGGUGACAGCCAACAGCGAGCGGGAGUGUGGCAGUGAAAUCUAGAACUUUGUAUUUAGAAGGAAGAAAAUAAACCACCCACUUCCCAGUGGAUUACAGAGCUCAAGUGAGAAUGUGAGAAGUGGAAGAAGUGGACCUCUUACUCUUGUAAUUAUAUUUCUAUAAACUAAAGGCUUUAUUGUCUAGCUUCUGGUUUUGUAAUCUAAUGACACUGUUGUAUUCAAAUAAGCACCUUUUGUCUGUACAGAUCAAUACUGUAAUGUAUAGAAAUAUAUAGCAGCCUUUUUUCCAAUAAAUUUGGAAUUGUUGUAUUAAAAACUUAAUUCUUAAAAAAGAGAUCUAUUUCUUUGUUCAGUAAUAAUAUAAGCAGUCAGCCUAAUAAAGAGGUUCUGAUCGUUUUCUAUGUAACUUCUUUGGUAGUUUUGGCUUGAUGCUGAUAUUCUGUUGUUUCCAGCUUACCAAGUAAAUACAUUCAAAGACAAGUAAUCUAAAGAAGCAGAACUAUCAAAAUUCGCUGUAAAAAUUAUAAUAAUCUAGUGAAGUUAGAAGUUAGAGGAGACUACUAAAAGGAAGUAGCCACUGGCUUUUGUUUCUAGUACUGUCUGAAAAGCAUCUUGUCAUCAAUUUUAUAUCAUGGGACCACUUUAAGAGUGAAUGCAAAUAUAAGCAAGGUAUUAGGAUCAUUGGGCUAACAUAAUUUAACUGGGAGCCUAUAUUCAUUGCUCCAUGUAACUCAAGAUCUUGUGUGCAUUGCUUUGCUUAGAUGUUCAGUGUAAGGCCUGAAAACACCCUCAGUCCAAGCUGCAUGCAAAAUUAGACAAAAACAAUCACAUCUGUCUCUCAGAUCAAACUAUAUAGGGAAAAUAUUUAUUAUAAGAAAGAAACCCUGGCUAAGCCUCACACAUUUGCCAGAACUGGUGUAAUAACAGGAAAGAACUACAGUCUUGAUUCAUUAAAGCACACAGGGACCACUGGACUAGGAACUUUCUAUCAGAUGGCUAACUGGGUAGUUAUGGUGCUGGUUCCACAGCUCUUUUGCCUUGCAAGAUGCUUCACAAUAGUUUUCUGUGAGGAUGAAAAUAUUACUUGAGAAUUCAUAGCUAAAGCUACCAAAGGAUAGCUCUCUUGUUCACCAAACAGUAUGCUACCACUGUCAUAAUCUAUUACUGUUUCCUAAUGAUAUUUAAUUAUGGAUUGCUUAUUCAUUUAUUUUUUCAAGAACUUCAAGAGACGAGUGUGUUUGUGCAUUUUUGAAAUUGAUUGUGCUAAAUGCAGAAUAGAUCAUUCUUAAAGCAGUUUGUCUGUAUUUCGAAGAACCCACAGUAGCAUCCAUACUUGAUUAAAAAAAAAACAGGCUCUAGAAAUUCCCACUUUCAUCUAUCAGACCGUAAACAAGACAAUGAUUUAUCCCCUAUCCAUAUUCCAGGCUUUGGAAAACAUGAGAAGUUUUUCAGCACACUGCAUGUUAUUCAAUUCCAUCUAGGUUAGAGAAAACUGUUACAUAAAACCUUUACAAAGGGAGAUUUGCAGAUGGAUUUCUUGUGUUCUGUUAAUGACCUUUCCAUCUGUAUCAUCCCUGUAAGUUUUUCAUCUCCAGCUGUUCAGAAGUCGCAGUCACUUAAUGAAACCCUAGGGUCUAUAUGUCAGAGAAAAACAUAAUUUAUAUGAUGUUUCUCAGUAAAAUAAUGUGUACAUAGUUUGGGUUUCUCAGAAAAUGAAAUCAUAAGAAAGAGAGAAGAAAAAUCAUCUACCCCUUCCGAAGCCUUAAAACAAAAUUGGGGUUUUGCUACUUGAUCAAAGAGAAUUUUGCGAACUGGAGGAGAGGAGGGCCACUGUUUAAAGGUAUAGUAUGUUACAGCUUGUCUUCUAAAGGUGUUUGAACUCAGAUGAGUUUUAUAAAGGUGUUUCUGUAGACCCAAAGCCAGUCCAUACAUGCCUUACAUACCUUGCCUUGGUUUUACUAGCGAGAAUAACUUUUCUCAAUGCUGAAAAACUGAGAAUGGGAGCAGAGACUGAACAAUAAAAGUUUGUCAAGAAAGAGAAAAGCAGUUGGUUUUCCCAUCUCUUCUGAAGAAAUCUAGAUCAUUUACUGUAUUUCAGGUGUAGCUUAUUGGGAA